UCUGUCUAUGGCCAUAUAGUAUGUCUCUUUUUGUGGCGUUGUAAACAAUUGUUUUUUGCAAAUUGCAAAUUAAUUCUGAACAUCCUCUGAACAUACAUUGGUUACACAAUUUUUGCAAUAUCAGCUGUAUAUUACCCAUAAAUUUCAGAUUUUUGUUUGAGUGCAAUCUUUCAACAACAAAUAACCUUAUUUGUUGCGUUGGGAUUUCUGUAUGAUAAAUCAUGGAUAACGAUGAGAUUGGUAAUGAUUUAGUGCGCUUAGACAACGGGUACCUUGUGGACGAGGAGAAUAAUAUCCGCUGCGAAUAUGUCGUGAACUCUGACGACGUUUUGGAUGAUGAAAACAACUCAGAUUCAGGCAGCAAGAAUGCUCCAUUAAGAGAACAAGAUAGGUUUCUGCCUAUUGCAAACAUUGCUAAAAUUAUGAAAAGAGCUAUACCUGAAAAUGGAAAGAUAGCAAAGGAUGCAAGGGAAUGUGUACAAGAAUGCAUAUCAGAGUUCAUUUCCUUCGUAACAAGCGAGGCCAGCGAUAGGUGUCAAGUGGAAAAGAGAAAAACGAUUAAUGGUGAAGACGUACUCUUUGCUAUGAACGCACUGGGCUUUGAUAAUUACGUGGAGCCUCUUAAGCUGUACCUCAAGAAAUAUAGGGAGAUUGUGCUUUCACCUGUCACAAUCAACAAAUUAAACAAACCUAUUAUAGUUUAUGGAGAAGAUGGUACUGCAUGCAUUCCGGCUGAAAAUGACAAUGAAACGCAAACGGACUCCGCAGUACUGUAUCCAUAUAAAGAAUUAAAAGUGAUAGAAGAUUUCACUAUUUCAUGAAUAAAUACCUAGUACUGUAAGUUUAUUAUAAUUCGUAAAUAUUAUUAUGGGUAUUCACUUAACUCUUGUGUUUCCAAACACUAAAGACUGGGUUGAAAAGUACAUUUAUAGAAGAAAAACAAAAAAGUAACAGUUUUGGUCUGGUUGUGUCUUCCUCAAUAUUAUUUUUUAUACAGCUGAGGAGUGAAGCACUAUUCUCUUUAAUUUUUUCUUGCAGUGUGAUAAAUACUGAAUAAUUAUGUUACGAACUUUGGCUAGUAAGGGCUAGAAAUUAUAAACCAUAAUUUUUGCAUGGUAAUACUAAAAUAGCGUGAUAUUGUAAGUAUUGUUAUUAGAAAUAUACCAUCUAACUUUA